AUGCAGCGCUCGCUCUCGGCCAAGGACUCUGAGUACCAAGAGACUCUUAACAGGAUCUCGGAGGACAAGGUCGAGCUUCAGGUGCAAUUGGAAAGGUCGUCUAUUCAGAUCACCCAACUCAAGGCGGAGCAGAAGCGCGCCGAGGAAUUGCUGAGUAAAGCUGGACUUGUUGGCGCUCCUGGAGCACCUGGCCACGAUCUCGGACCUCUGGGAAUUUUGUCACCUACUGCGGCUAUUGCUGGACGCUCUCAAACAGCAGGACUGUCUCUCACUCAAGUUUACACUCGCUACAUGGACCUUCAAGCAGAGUAUGCCCAGCUCAAGGCCGAGAACACUCGCUUGGAAACCUCGAUGAAUGAUAUUGUCACGGAACUCUCUGAUGGAGCUCCUCUCAUUCGCGAGCAGCAACUAGAAUAUGAGCGCGUUAGCAAGCAUAACGAGGAACUCUCGACUCAGCUGGAGACAUGCAAACAAGAAAAGGAGCAGCUGGCCUAUGGCGCAAGCCAAGCUGUGGCUCAAUUGGAUGGUGUGGUCAAGGAACGCGACUUGCUGCACAGGGAGAGCCAGGACAUGGACCGUCAGGUUCAGAACUUGCUGUGGAGACUCAGGGCACCCAACGCCCCUCAGUCACUUGCUCCAGAAUCGACCCUUCCUUCGAAUAGUGAGGGAUUGACGGAUGCCGAGAAGGUUAUUAACGAUCAUCUUGUGCUCUUUGCCGACCUUCAGAGUUUGCAACAACAGAACAAGAAACUCCGUCAAGCUGCCCGGGAGAUGGCCCAGGAAAGAGAGAACGCUGAGGGUGCUCAGGCCCAAGCAAGGAGACAGGAGGAACAGGAGGCCCUCGAGGAGGCCGGAGUCAUCAUCGAGAGCAUGCGCGAGCAGAUUGGCAGCAAAGAGUUGCAGUUGACGACCUACAAGCAGGAAGUAGACAUGUUGCGCCGCAUCCUCAGAACUUCCAACAUCCGCCAUGUCCCCGCUACUGAAAUCAUCGAGACACCGGUCGCAGGGACAUCAGAUCAGCCAACGGAGACUGCAGCCCAAACCGUUAACGGUGACACUACCAACUACCCUGCUAUCUUGACUGAGCUGCAAAAGACCUUUGACGACUACCGGACCCAGACCGUUAUCGAUAUCAACCAACUCAAGGAUGACCUUCAGCGAGCCCAGUCGGACAGUUCGAACCACAGGAUCCAGCUUGGACAGGCCAAUGCCCAGAUCAAGGCCUUGAACGAGCACCAGUUGCGUUUGAUGGAGAACAACAACCACCAGAUGACCGAGAUGACCGAACUCAGGAAACAGUACUCCACUCUGCACGAAUCUGCGACGAGACGCGAUAUCUCGUACGAGAACUUGGCCUCCGAGCUCGAUAGUGAACGCGAAUCGGCCUCUCAGCUCACGGUAGAGGUGAACCACCUUAAGACGGAGAAGGCCUUGUGGAAAUCUUUCGAGACUCGUUUGAUUGAGGAGAACCAGGCGUUGGUCAAGGAGAAGGGCAACCUGAACGAUCUCCUUCGCACUGUGCAGAACUUGACGACCGAAAUCGAGCGCGGCAGCGAGGAGACCACGCGCCGACUUGAGAGCACAGUCACCAACAAGGAGCGGGAGGUCGAGACUCUCAAGGAGAAGUUGAAGGAGGAAGUCGAGUCUGGCAAGCGCCUGCGCGACCGCCGCGAGGUGGAGUCCAAGGAGUGGCAGGGCAAGAUCGAUACCCUGACUUCUGAGUACCAGACUUCCCGUGAAGCCCUUAUUGCUGCCAAGACUUCCCUCGAGCACACUAAAGCCAAGGUUGAUGACCUCACGAAGGAAAUCAAGAGCCGCGAGGAGCAGCUGGCUAUCUACCAGCAGAAACCUGCAGGCGCCGAGUCUACCGAGGCCAGCCGCGAAGAGCAGCUUAUUGCCCAGGUCGCUCAGCUUCGUGGUGAAUUGUCGCGUCACCAGGCCGAGGCUGCUAGCAACCGCGAGCACCUCGCUCAGUUCCAGGCCAUCAGUCAGACCAAUGAGGAUCGUCUUGCAGAGAUGACGGCUACUUUCGAGGAGUUCAAGAAGUCCCACGACCAGAAGAUAGAGGAGAGCGCCCAGACCAUCAAAACCCUGGAGACCAAGUUGGCAAGUGCAGAGGAACGCGCACAGACCUCAGCCUCAAACAUGGUGGAUAUGCAGAACCAGGUCGAUCAGGAGCGUUCGGCUUGGAGGAAAAACAAGGAGGAACUCGAGGCGAGGUUGCAGUCGCUGGAGAACAUCAAGAUCCAGAUGAACGCUGUCGAGAACCGGUACAAGAACGAGCUCCGUCACCAGGGUAACCUUACCAGGGAGGCUCACGAGAACUACGAGCGCGAGCUGAUGAACCACGCCAAGGACAUGGAAGCACUCACCAAGCUCAAGGAGAAGCACACCAUGCAGACGACUGAGUUGGAGAGGUUCAAAUAUCAGGCCGAGAAUGCCGCGUCCAACCUGCAGUCGGCCGAGAUCGCUUGGGAGGGACAAAAGUCGAUCUUGCAAAAGAACUUGUCAGAAGUCGAGAAGCGCUGCACCGAGCUCAAGGACCAGAAUGAGAAGCUCCAUCGUCACUUGGAGGACGUCAGUGCCCAGGCUUUGUCUAUUCAGCAACGUGCCAAUGCCCAAGUCUCUUCUGUUGAGACUGGAGAGGGCGCUUCGACUACUGACGGCGAGAAUGACGUCAAGGAGUCUCCCGAGCGUCAGCUGGCCGAGUUGCGCGACGUCAUCCGCUAUGUCCGUCGUGAGAAGGAAAUUUUGGAGUGCCAGCACGAAUUGAACCUCCAGGAGUCCCGCCGCCUCAAGCAGCAGCUUGAUCAGACCAACAAGUCGCUCGAGGAGACCCGUGCCUUGCUCUCGGAUGAGCGCAACCUCCAGCAGGAAGCUAUUGUGUCCAAGGAGUUGCGUGAGCGCUUGACCGAGAAGGCGAACCAGCUCAGCGUCAUUCGCGACAGCAACACACUUCUUCGUGCCGAGAACCAGAAGUUGCUCCGACAGGUUCAAGUUUUGGAGAGCAAUGGUCGCCAUCUGUCGGCCAAGAUUGGUCCACUGAACGCACGCGUCCUUGAGGUGGAGGCCGAAAUUGAGCUCAGGAAGCAAGAGCAGACGCAGAUUGGCGAGGACAGAGACCGCUGGAGAACGAGGGCUGUCGAGAUUAUGGCCAAACAUGACCGCAUUGAUCCAACCGAGUUCCAGGAGCUCAAGGAUGCCAAUGAAAAGUUCAAGAUCGAGGCAGCUGAAAACGCAACGGCGCUGGCUGCGCUGAAGACUGAACAGGAGGCCCUUCAAGCUCGUGUGGAGGAGACCCAGGGCAAGCUUAACAAGAUGACUCAGAACGCUCAGCUUUGGCGCAAGAGGAGCUUGGAGGAAGCUACCAAGCUCAAGACCAGCCAUCAAGAGGUUGAGGAUUCGAAAGCUAAGCUCACGCAGCUGGAGAAAGCAUUGGAGGAAGUCAACACUAGAGCUGGCUCGCAGGAUCAAGUCAGCAAGCGCGACAGAGAGAAUGUUCAGAAGUCGCUUGACCAACUGUCGAAGCUCAAAGAGAAGCUGGAGACUGAAAACAAGGAACUCAAGGAUAACAAGGAAGUGAUUGAGAAGAACUUUGAGACCAUCAAGGACCGCCUUCAACUCAGCAUCGCCCGCAACAAGCAGCUUGUCGCCAAGUCGAGAGAGCUGCAGGCUCAGAACAAGACGCUGACGGAAGGAGGAGCUGUAGCCGCGACACCAGCGGAUACUCAGGCACUUGUCGAUGCUGCCGUUAAGGAGAAGGAGGCGGAGUUGGAGAAGAAGUAUGCGUCACAGGCAGCACAGGCAGCACAGGCCCCAGCCCCUGGUUCUUUGACUCCAGCAGAAGUCCAAUCCCGGAUAGACGAGGAGAAGAAGAGACUGGUGACAGAAUUGACACACAGGCACGAGGAAGCGAUCAAGAAUCGCGACAAAAUGGCUGAGAUGCGACAGCAGAUCAAGAUCCAGACCAAGGACAAAGAGAUUGCCAACCUCAAAGCCAUCCUAGCCGCUAACGGCCAACCUGACGCUUCCAAGAAGACCCCUCUCUCCACUGGCGCUACUGCCUUCACACCGACCCAACCUGGCGCUGGCUCCAUGCGACCACCUGCUCUUGGUCGCGGCGCACGACCACCCCCAGGAGGAGCACUCGCCCCAUCGCCAGGUAACUCUGCACCGGCAGCCCGUCCUGGGGCUGGCCUUCCUGCCCGACCUGGACAAGCGAAUGCACAGCUAAACCAGACUCCUGGCCAGUCACGCCUUCGUCCACCAUUUGGCGCGCGGAAUGCAGCUGCCAUUUCGAACGCCACAGCUCAGCCAACAGCCACAACUGCAACUCCAGCCUCGAAACCUGCCGCUCCUGCUGAGACCACAGUUUCUGAACCUGUACCUACGAUCACUGCCACUCCAGCGCCAACACCAGUCGCACCUACAUCUGCCCCCCUCGGUGGGCAGGCCUCAAGGCCGGUUCUGAUCAAACGUCGCCGCGAAGAUGACUUGCCUACCAACCUUUCACAGGCCGUUACCGCUCCCGCGACUACUACCUCGCCCGAUGCUGCUUCAGAAACGAGCAGUCCUGCAGGUGAUUCAGGCGCCGCAUCUGCAGCACCCGAGGCCAAGGCCAUGUUGCUCAAGCGACAGCGACCAUUGCCCGUCGUUGAAAGUGCCUCGAGCCCCACUUCCGCAGCUGUGACAAGUCCCUCGGAACCUAAGGCCCAGGCAGUGAACAUUCAACGGAAACGAGUGACAUCUGUGGUGGAUACCUCCGAAUCUCAGACUGUUCAGGAGACGAUUGCUCACGAAGCCCAUGGAGAAACUGAGACCAUCACGCACACGGAAAUUUUGACGACCGAGACUUUAACGGCUCCUUUGUCUGCUGUGCCCCAUGGUCAAAAGCGUCGUCAUGAGGCAACGGAGAGUGUUCAAGAAAACAUCACUGUUGUCUCAACACCCAACCCCUCGGAUCUUGAGGAGCUGGAGGAGGUCCUGACGCCAGAGGCAGCCCAAGAGUCCACAGCUAUGGAUGUGGACGAGGUUCCCCCUGUCAAAAGACAGCGACCUAGCAGCCAAGUGACGGUGACUGAGAUUGAGGAGGAGCAUCCUGCAUCUCCAAAGGAGUCAUCAGCAACAACAGCCUUGCCUACCACUCCUGGGCCGAUGACUGACCUUGAAGACACUGACAUUGAGGAGCACGGAACGGAAGUCACGACAACAGCAACAGGAGAGGUUGAGUCUGACGGAUCAGCAGAGACCAAGGCGGUGGACGAAGAUGUGCCAGAGAUGUCCGCCGGUGCAACUACGGCAGCAGAUCACUCAUUGGAGGAAGAUCUUGACGAGGGACUUGAAGGUGGUUUUGAAGCAGGAGCAACGACGGACCUGGGUGCAGAGGAAGAGGAAGAGGUGCACACACCCCAGGGCACGUAUGCUGAGGAGGGAGAGCUGGAUCUUGAUCUCGAGGGUCACCGGGACCAGGACCCCGAAGGAGAGGGUUCAGAAUCGACAGUUUAG